AUGGCUAAAAUGAGGAUGGAAUAUGACGAAGACUUUAAAGAAGACGAAAAGCUUGCAAAGCGAGCUCAAAGAGAGAAAGAGGCAAAAGAAAAAAAGGAUAAGGAGCUUGAAGAAAGGAAAAAGAAGAGAGAAAUAAGGGAAAAUGAAAAUAAAGAAUAUGAAAGAUGGCUUCUAGGAAAAAAUCCGAAACCUACAAAAGAAAUUCAGAAGACUGCAGAGCAAAAGGAGAGUUUAAGAAGAAGAAAGAAAUUAAAUGAGAUUCUUGGCAAUUUAAAGAGGAUUGAUCAGGAUAUUAAUCCAAAUCAUAAAAAAAAGGAAAAUACUAAUUGGAAUUAUAAUAAUGAUUACCAUAAUGAAGAAGAAGAAGAUGAAGUCAAAAAACAAUCAAAAAAUGAGCAUGUAGGGGCAUGGGAUAGAUAUUCAUUGCAUACAGUGUCUAAGCUGAAUUAUCCAGCUGUAAAGGAUAACUGUAAGCCUAAGCUUACUCAAAGCUUUGCAAAACCCCAGAAAUAUGCUAAUUAUAACCUUCCAAUUCAGAUGAUGAAAGCUAAAGCCUUAAAAGCCGCAGCCAAUUAA